UUGAUUUUUGUAAAAUUUGUUUCUAAAAAAUCUUUUGGGGAGAUUAUCCCUGAAACAUUUUUUCUCUAAGAUUCCAGUUGGAAUCCUUUUCAUAGUCUAUUUGUCAUAUUGGCAUUUGUUUUAAUGAUUAUUUUCUUUCAUUCCAGCCUAGUUUGGGCUAUUCAAUACUGGAAUUCCUUUAACAUUUUAACGUAAAAUUUAAAUAAUAACAAUAAAAAUUGUAUAAAGUUUAAUUUAUUAGAGUUUGAGCUAAUUUGUAUUCCUUUUUUUAAUAUUCUGUAAAUAAGUUUAAUAUCCCCAAAUGAAUGUAUUAAUUGUACCAUAAUAUGAACGAAAAUAACUUUAAGAAGACUUUUUCAUUUCCUGUUAUGUUUAAGAAGUCCGAUAAGAAGGCUUCAGGAUUAAUUCAGACGAACGGCGACUACCUAGAUCACUGGGAGCCCAUUCGCAUUUUUGUGGGCACUUGGAACAUGGGCUUUAAAAAGAUUGACCCUAAGCAGUUUUCCAACGACGUUUCGUGCUCCUGUCACACCUAUGUGUCUGAGAAAUACGAUUGUAUGAGUUGCAAGGCUCGUUAUGUUGACCCUUUGAGUGAGUGGAUUAAGCUUGACUACGACGUGUACUUUAUAACGCUUCAGGAGUGUGUUUCAUUUAACUUUUUUGAGGUUGUAACCCGCUUUUUGGAGAAGUGUAGACAUCCGAUGGAACGGGUUUCAUUUAAAACUGACCGUAUUCUGGGCUUCGGAGAAGGCGCUGUGGUUAACAGAAAGAUGACUUGUAUUGCAGCCUGGGUCAGGAAAGACCUUCUGGCUAAUGGCGUUGUAAGGGUUUGUGCUUCAAAGGCUCUUUACCUUUCAGCCUAUAACAGGAGUAAAGGGGUAGUUUGCCUUCAAAUUAAGGCAUUUGGCCAAAUCAUCCUCCUACUAGGGGGGCAUUUACCAACAGAUUACAUGGAAAGGCAAAAAUCAUUUCAAACAAUUCUCUCAAAGUUGACAUACUUGUUUGGGGCAAACGAGAAACUCAUGUUUACGGACCUUUUUCAUCACAUUAUCUGGGCCGGAGAUUUCAAUUUUAAACUUACCAUUCCAAUGGAACGUGUUGUUACUAAUAUUGUUGAUGGCACACUUGAUAAAUUAAUCAAGUUUGAUGAAUUCCAUUUAUCCACAUCACCACUUAAGGACCAGAAAUUCUGUGAGGAUGUGAUAAAAUUUGACCCAACUUAUAAAAAACGAGAGAACAGAGAAGUGCUGGACAAGGGAAGAAAGAACUGGUUUGAAAUGGAGUACUCAACCUCAGACUCGAAGUGGUACAGCUUAAACACAGAACGAGUGCCUUCGUGGACUGACAGGGUGCUAAAAUGGUCCGAUAAAACAAUGGAAACCUGUUUAAUUUUUGAACCAACGAGUUAUAGAACUGCGAUUCCAAAGAAUAAAACGCCCUUACUAAUCAGUGAUCACUCACCAGUCUCCUGCGCUUUCAUCCUCAGACCCCUAAGCAGAAAUAUCGCAAUACCAAUCAAGCUAAAUGCACACACUUUUAAAUUUGAUUAAUUUUCUCAGACAAAA